AUGAUUUUGACAGGAGGCUUGAAAUCUCUACUUCCCCAUGUGCUAAGAAGAAUAAUUCGAUGCAACAGACUCAGUAUUAGUAAUACUUCUGGAAUGGCAGAGGGCUAUAAACAGGCCAAUGUCAUGAUUUUGCACAAGUCCCUGGCUGAUGACUUUGAGAAGUUUUGUCGUGCAAAUGAUGGACCCCUGCCGCUGCUGUACAGAAGUAAACCAGGUGAUUGGAAAUGUCCUCCUCUGAGUAGUGGUUCUGAUAUCAGAACUGACUGCCUACAGUACAGAAUAUAUGAGCAUGGAGCUUGUACUGGAUCACUGAAAAGCCUAAAGGAGUAUUCUGAACAACUUAAGGACAUGGUGACUUUUUAUUUAGGCUGCAGCUUCUCUUUUGAAAAAGCAAUCCAAAAUGCUGGCAUUCCCAUACGGAAUGUUGAGCAAAAAUGUAAUGUAAGCAUGUAUAAGACAGCUGUGCCUUGCUACACCGUUUCUACUUUUUGCUGCAACUUAGUAGUCACAAUGAGACCUAUUCCUGAAAGCAAGUUGGAAGCAGCUGUGCUAGCAACAUCUGAAUUAAAAGAAGCCCAUGGAGCACCAAUUCACAUGGGUGACCCUGAUCUGCUGGGAAUACAAGAUCUUUCCAAACCAGAUUAUGGAGAUCCAGUUCGCCUUCACCCUGGUGAUAUUCCAGUGUUUUGGGCCUGUGGAGUAACAGGAGUAGAAGCAGUCAUCAACUGCAGAGCUCCAUUAGCUUCUACUCAUUCUCCUGGCUGCAUGUUCAUUACUGACCUAAAGAAUGACAAUGUCACAGUCAGAUCCUCAAGAGAAGUCCCACAAGUCCACUGCAUUUCUCAAGAUCCUCUGCAUUACAGUAUUGUGUCAGCAGAAGCAGCCCAAAAGAUAAAGACUGUAGAAACCCUAAUUGGAAUAGAUCCAGGAGACCGGGGUAUAAUACAUCUACACCGCCAGGACGAGCUGCUGAAGGCUUGCCUGUCCAUCUCCCAUGCUCGGUCAGUGCUGAUAACAACUGGAUUUCCCACGCACUUCACUUACGAGCCACCAGAAGAGAAUGAUGGGCCCCCGGGAGCCCUUGCUAUUGCAGCUAUAUUGCAGGCCUUGGAGAAAGAGGUUGCCAUAGUAACAGAUCAGAGAGCCAUGAAUCUGAACAAAAAGAUUAUUGAAGAAGCUGUUCAACUAGGAAUCCUGAAGAGACCUGUCCCUCUAUUGAGUUAUCAAAAGGAAAGUGCUGAUUCAGCUUUAAUGUUUUUGUGCGAGAAUGGGAAUCCUGGAAGACCUAGAUUUGAUCACCUGAUAGCAAUAGAGCGUGCUGGGAUGGCCGCUGAUGGCAAUUAUUACAAUGCCAGGAAAGUUAACAUUAAACAUCUAGUGGAUCCCAUAGAUGAACUAUUUUUAGCUGCACAAACCAUUCCAGGAGUCACAACAACAGGUGUUGGAGAUGGAGGAAAUGAAUUAGGAAUGGGCAAAGUAAAAGAUGCUGUAAAGAAGUACAUAAAAAAUGGAGAUGUUAUAGCUUGUGAUGUUGAAGCUGAUUUUACUAUUGUAGCUGGGGUCUCUAACUGGGGAGGCUAUGCCAUUGCUUGUGCUCUGUAUAUUCUCAGCACUUGUGAAAUGCAUGACCGCUAUCUGAGGAAAGCUGUUGGGUUUCCACAAUUAUCGAAGAAGAUGGUCUGGCAAUCGGCACUUCCAUCGGUUACCAAGGAAGAAAAGCUUCUGAAAACACUUGUGCGGCAUGGGGUCCGCAGUGGAAAAACUGCCAGUCUAGAAAUGGAAGUGGACGGGCUGCCCUUCUACAACACCCAUUCACUUAUGAUUGAAAAGCUGCUGCGAGAAGCACAGCAGUGACCACCCCUAAUGGUUUCUACAUCAAGAGUUGCUCCCCUGUUAUUUCCUUAUUCCCUAGGCUCUCACAAGGUCAGAUCAGAAAAAGGUUACUUUUCAUCUCUGGUGUCUUGGCCAUGCGCAACCUUUCAUUGUUACCCUUACGACAUCUCUGUGAAGCAAGAAGGGGAUAUCAUCAAGAUGAUUUGGUCUACCUUGCUUUUCUGUGAUUUUAUAAUGGAUAAUUGAUAUUAAAUGGUA